AUGGCCUUAGGGGCUAAGAACAAACUUGGUUUCAUUAAUGGAGAUAUUGUGAAACCAAAAGAAGACGAUGCAAAUUUCAAUAAAUGGGAGAGAAAUGAUGCUAUGGUAAGGUGUUGGCUGUUUGCUUCUAUGAAUGCUGAUAUAGGAGCAAGUAUGAUGUAUGUUAAGAGUGCUAAAGAUCUGUGGGAUGAGUUGAAAGUGAGAUAUGAGCAAACUAAUGCUCCUCUUCUCUUCCAACUGAAAAAAGAUCUGAGUGGUCUUAAUCAAGACAAUAGGAGUGUGGAUGAGUUUUACUGUAAACUCAAGCAAUUGUGGGAUGAGAUAUCAUCCAUUGAAGGUGUGCCUGAAUGCACUUGUGGUGUUAUGCUGAAAUGCGAAUGUGAUAUCCUUAAGAAACUGAAUCAAGCUGAUGCUUUGAAUAAGCUAAUUCAGUUUCUCAUGCCUCUCAAUGAGGGGUAUGAAAACAUGAAGAGUAACAUUUUGGCAAUGGAUCCUCUGCCUACUGUGAGUAGAGCUUUUCAUCUUGUUCAACAACAAGAAAAGCAGAAGCAAAUCUCAGGGCAGAUGCCAAAUGCUGCUGAGGCUAGUGCAUUAAAUGUAAGAAUGCAACAACAAACAAACUGA